AUAAGUUAAUACAAUAUUUUAUUUCUCUAUAAAUUUAAUUAUGAAUUUAAAAAAAUAAUAAUAAUAGUGUGAAAAAAAAUAAUAAGUAAUAAAUACUAAUACAAUUAUUCUUCAUGAAUUUAGUCUGUUAUUUUAUCGAUAUAGAAAUAAUGUUUAAAAAGGAGUAAUUAUUUUUUAUUCACUCAAGAAUAUAUAAUGUUGACAUGUUUAUUUGUUAAUUUAUCUUUAAAUUUUGAGUGGUUAAAUCAUCAAGAUGUAUAUCUUCUUGAUGCUCACCAGCUUAUUUUAUCUGGUAGGAGCAGUUGAUGUUACUUCAAAAAAUUUAAUAUCAUCACUUAAUCCUGAAGUUAUUACAGCAAAUUAUGGAGAUCAAAAUAUAAAAACAAUAAAUUCAUCACUAGAGUAUGUCUUUCUUUAUCCUGAUACAGAUAAUAAUGAUACAGCGAGAAUAAAUGUACAAAGUAAUGCCACUUCCGAAAAACCUUUACUAGUUGUUGUAAAACAAAAAAAAGGUAUUUUAUCAUGGCAAAUACCACUACUGAUUGACAGCAAAAAUACUAAUCCACUAUGGUACAAUAAAACUAGCCGAACACUAUGUUCAUCAAAAUAUUAUAAUCAAUUAAAUAAAAUUGAAUUGGAUAUUAAUAAUGUUAUUGUCAGUAUUUUCACUAGUAGUGAAUCACCACUUUCUUUUAACCUGACUGUAGUACUGGAAAAUGAUUUUUAUUUGACUUUGGGAGAGAGUCGAGAAGUAACUAUAUCUCCGUCUGAACCAAGAUAUUAUGGGUAUAAUUUUUCUGAUCAAGUUGAAAGUGGAUCAGUUUUAAUGAAAAUUGAAUCCGAAAGUGAUACGUGUAUGACUGUUUCGAUACAAGACGCAACUUGUCCAGUUUUUGAUUUAGAAAGAAAUAUUCAAUUUUCUCGAUACUGGCAAACUGUAUCACAGUUAGGUGGUAUAACAGUCCCCAAAGAAAUAUAUCCAAAUGGAUUUUUUGUGGUGCUUGUAUUAAAAGGGGAUGAUAUGGAUUGUGUUGGUCAAAUAGGAUCAAUAAUGCGAUAUAAAAAAUUAAAAUUAUCAAUAACACCUAAUAUAACAAAAAAAGAAGGUAUAAAAGCUGCAUCGGUUGCUUUGAUUAUUGGAAUAGCUUUUUGUUGUUUUUACAUAAUUGGUGUUGUAACGCACAAUGUUCGUCUCCGUCGACAAUUACGUCGACAAUUAACAGACGAGUCAGAAACUCUUUCCCGACCAGAAGAACUUCUUACUCCUGAAAUAGAAGAGGCCGGUCCUCGUUAUGAUGACACCCUUAACGAGGAUUCGUCAUUAGAUGAAGAUGAUAUUGACAUGUUAGAUGAUGCUUUUUCUGAUAAAGAAAUAAUUCGUACGAAAAGAGUGUUGGCUGUGUCUGAUUUAGCUCGAAAAGAUCCAAAGAUUCUUCGACAUAAAUCACGACUUUACUUGUAUUAUCUUGGUACAAUAGCGGUAUUUUAUGCUUUACCUGUAGUUCAAUUAGUCGCGACUUAUCAAAAUGUUUUGCACGUUACUGGAAAUCAAGACUUGUGUUAUUAUAACUUCUUUUGCUCACAUCCAUUUUUCGGGUUUUCCGAUUUUAAUCAUGUCUUCUCGAAUUUCGCUUAUGUAUUAUUGGGUCUGUUGUUUAUUCUUUUGACGUACGUCAGAGAGCAAAACGAUCUUGAACAUGAAGAAAAGAAAAAAAGUUAUGGUAUCCCACAACAUUAUGGAUUAUUUUAUGCAAUGGGUACAGCUCUUAUGAUGGAAGGAUUACUUUCUGCUUGUUAUCACGUGUGUCCAAAUCAUACUAAUUUUCAAUUUGAUACAAGUUUUAUGUAUAUUAUUUCUGUACUAUGUAUGGUAAAAAUUUAUCAAACUCGACAUCCCGAUAUAAAUGCACGUGCUACAGUAACUUUUGCAGUACUUGCUUUAAUGAUUUUUUUGGGAACUGUUGGUGUAUUAAAUGGCUCUAAUUAUUUUUGGAUUAUUUUCACAAUUUUACAUUUAUUAAUAUGUCUUUUAUUAACGGCUCAAAUUUAUUAUAUGGGUAGAUGGAAAUUUGAUAGAGGUUUAACUCAACGAGUAAUAAUGACAUUCAAACAUGAUGCACGAGCUGGUGUUACUCAUCUUUUAAGACCAAUGUACGCUGGAAGAUUGAUAUUACUUGUAAUUGCAAAUUUCUGUAAUGUUGCAAUAGCUGUAUUGGGUAAUAUGCAUCAUGAAAAAGAUUUUGCAACAUUUUUAUUAGCUGUACUCAUGCUUAAUCUACUUCUCUACACAUUUUUUUAUAUUGUCAUGAAAGUGUGUUAUCGCGAACGAAUUUUACUUCAACCAUUGUGUUAUAUAGUAUUGUCAUUUAUAACAUGGGGAUUUGCUCUUUAUUUUUUUAUUAAUAAAUCAGUCUCAUGGUCAUUAUUACCAGCACAGUCACGGCACUUUAAUAUGCCAUGUAAAUUAUUAAAUUUCUUUGAUUUUCAUGAUAUCUGGCAUUUUCUUUCUGCUCUUGCUAUGUUCUUUUCAUUUAUGGUAUUAUUGACACUUGAUGACGAUCUAGAAGACACGCACAGAAGUCAAAUACCUAUUUUUUAAUCUAAAAAGGUUCGUUAAAUUAUAAUUUAUAAUAAAAAAAUAAUUAAUAAUUAUUGUGAUAUUUAUGACAUAUUUCGUGGCAGUGUAUAAUUGAUUAGUUAUAAAUAAAUUUUUAUGUAAUUAUAAA